AAGUCAGGAAUGAAUUACAGUACUUCUUUAUUAAAAACAUCAAACUGCAUGACUGUGCUUCUACUUUGUGAAUCUUCAUGCGUGGUUUGAGGGGGUUCCUUUUUCCUUCCUCUCUGGCUCGAGACAUAUUGCUAUUGGCAACGCUGAAACAGCUCAUUUCUGCUGUGUAGCCUCAUGAAUCUAGUUGCUGAGGAGAACACAAUGUCGGACAAUUAUGAGUGGGGUUCACUGGUGGAGAAUGGUGCCAAAAUUAUAAUGAAUGGAACAGAUAUAUCGCUCUUUGAUGGCUUUGAAGACUUAUAUGACGUCAACAGCAGCUUCUACGGUCCUGAUUGUUGUGAGGGGGGUGAUGUAUGUGACGUGAAGGAAGGCAUGAAGUUUGGGGCUGUGUUCAUCCCGAUUCUGUACUCUGUGGCAUUUGUUGUGGGGAUCCUGGGAAAUGGAGUGCUGCUGGGAGUUCUGGUUCAGAGCAGGAGAACCUGGAGCGUGACAGACACCUUCAUCCUCCACCUGGGUGUGGCUGAUGUCCUGCUGCUGGUGACGCUGCCCUUGUAUGCAGCGCAGGCUGCUCAAACUAAGGGCUGGUCAUUUGGGGGUCCUCUCUGCAAGAUCACUGGAACUCUUUUCACGAUCAACUUCUACUGUGGGAUCUUUCUGCUGGUCUGCAUCAGUCUGGACCGCUACCUGUCAAUCGUUCAUGCCACUCAGAUGUACUCCCGUAGGAAUCCUUGGGUUGUUCAGGCCAGCUGCUUUGGAGUGUGGUUCUUCUCCCUGCUUCUCUCUAUCCCUGACUGGAUCUUUUUGGAGCCUGUGAGAGAUGACAGACGAGACACAACAGAGUGCAUUCGCAACUACUUAAAAUUUUCCCAUGAGUCAUCAGAUUACUGGCGACUGGGAACACGCGGGCUCUACCACAUGCUGGGCUUCCUGCUUCCUUCAGCUGCCCUGAUCUUCUGCUAUUCCUGCAUCCUGCGGCGGCUACGGUGCGGCACCCAGGGCCUCCAAAAGCAGAAAGCUUUCAGGGUCAUCGUGGCUGUGGUGGUGGUUUUCUUUCUCUGCUGGACACCGUACAACAUCACACUCAUGACGGACACGAUUCUUUCCAAGAACAACAACCAGACCUGUGGAGUCAAAACAUCUCUGGAUAAUGCUUUGACUGUUACCACGUCAGUGGGUUACCUCCACUGCAGCCUCAAUCCCAUCCUGUACGCCUUUGUGGGUGUGAAGUUCCGGCGUCAGCUCCUGGAAAUCCUGAGGUCUCUGGGCUGCAAGCUGAAGACAAGCGCCAAAUUCCAAUCUGCCGUCAGCAGCAGGAAAAGCUCUUUCUGGUCUGAGUCUGCCGACACCUCCAACUCCAUUGCUGUCUGAGACAGACAAGACCAUAUUAACAAGCAUACUGAUAAAACUGAACAAGCUUACAAUGUGACUUAAACUUACACAAUGACAGAGACUAUGCUUACCUUCAAUUUUCUGUAGUUUAUAGUGCAUUAGUAGCUGUGCAUGAAGACGACCGCAGAACAAAAAUAAUAUUGUCAUCCUGCAACUCAAGGUCAUACACCUGUGUUUGUGGGCAGCAGAUUUAUUUUUCUUGUACAGUAGAAAUAUAACAUUUCCCUUUUCUGAUUGCCAGGCAUUUAUCAUAAAUAAGGCAGCUUAACAACGUAUACUGGAGUGAAUAUUGUUACUGUAUUGUUACUGCUAAUUUUUUUUACAUGUAUUUCUACCAUAUUUUUUACUGUAUAUUUUUUGAUAUUUUUCAACAUGUUUUUAUAUGGAAUGUUGAAAUAAAUAAUACAGCUUUA